GACACAUUUGUUUUCGACAACUCGAUGUAAACACGGCAAUCGGCGAAUUUUAUCCAAAGUAGAAAUAAGAGAUGUCCAAGAGAAUUCUUGUAACUGGAGGGUCUGGCUUGAUUGGUGGUGCAAUAAAAGAAGUUAUAUCUUUGGAGAAAUCACUUGAAGAAGAAUGGAUUUUCUGUAAUUCUAAAGAUGCAAAUUUGUGUGAUUACGACGAAACAAAGAAAUUGUUUGAGAAGCAUUGUCCAACCCAUGUUAUUCAUCUUGCUGCUAAAGUUGGAGGACUGUUCCAUAACAUGAGUGACAAUCUGGGAUUUUUCCGUUCAAAUAUGCAAAUGAAUGACAAUAUUUUAGCUUUAAGUCACGAGUUUAAAGUUGAGAAAGUGAUUUCAUGUCUAUCAACUUGCAUAUUCCCAGACAAAACAACAUAUCCGAUUGAUGAAACAAUGGUAUACAAUUAUUUUCUAUCAUUAGAAUAUACCUAUUUAUGA